AAGAGGAGCACAGUUGGCAUCUCUUUCUCCUAGGAGACCCAGCGUUUGAGAUCCCCAUGGCAGAAAUUCAAGGAAAAGAGGAUGGAUUAUUACAAGUAUCUCCUUGUUGUUUUGGAAUUGUGUUGUCCUUUUGGCAACAGUGCUUUUUUGUUUUGCAUUUUUUCCUUCUGUGCUACUAGGUUAGCAUAUUACCUAAAAUGAUAACCCUCUUCAUGCUGAAUGCUUGAGGGAAAGUGCUGAAGACAAAUUCCCAUUCUUCUUGCAUGACAUCCUUUUGGUUCUUAUUAAAAGAUGACUGCAUGCCUCUGUUUCUUAUCAUCAUCGUUUUAUACUUCAGCUUUCAAAUGGAGUGAUGUGCACUAUGGUUUGUGGAGACCAAAACCAAGGAGCAGUUUUCCUACGUGAAUUUACAUUGAUUCGGAGAGAAAGCCUUCAUGAUGACUUCCUGUCUGAUUUGCUGAAUAACCACAAAACAGAAGAUCCGAGCUCCAGAACAGCUCGCUCAGAGGAAGACCGAGACUCACUGUGGGAUGCCUGGGGUUCAUGGAGUGAAUGUUCACGUACUUGUGGAGGAGGGGCUUCAUAUUCACUGAGACGCUGCCUGAGCAGCAAGACCUGUGAAGGGCGAAACAUCCGAUACAGGACAUGCAGCAAUGUGGACUGUCCUCCAGAAGCAGGUGAUUUUCGUGCUCAGCAGUGCUCGGCUCACAAUGAUGUCAAGUACCAGGGGCAGUUUUACGAGUGGCUUCCUGUCUCUAAUGAUCCCGACAACCCAUGCUCGCUGAAGUGCCAAGCCAGAGGGGCAGCUUUGGUUGUAGAGCUGGCACCAAAGGUUCUGGAUGGGACCCGGUGCUACACUGAAUCCUUGGACAUGUGCAUCAGCGGUUUGUGCCAAAUUGUUGGCUGUGACCGCCAGCUGGGAAGCGCUGUCAAGGAAGAUAACUGUGGGGUCUGCAAUGGUGAUGGGUCCACCUGCCGUCUGGUUCGAGGCCAGUAUAAGUCCCAGCUCUCAGCAAAUAAACUGGAUGAUACAGUGGUUGCUAUUCCCUAUGGAAGCAGGCAUGUUCGCCUCGUGCUGAAAGGACCUGAUCAUUUAUAUUUGGAAACCAAGACUCUCCAAGGUGUAAAGGGUGAAAACAACCUCAGUUCCACAGGUUCCUUCAUUGUGGACAAUUCUAGCAUCGACUUCCAGACGUUUCCUGACAAGGAGAUACUGAGAAUAUCUGGGCCUCUCACUGCAGACUUCACCGUCAAGAUCCGUUAUGCUGGUGCUGCUGACAGUUCAGUCCAGUUUAUGUUCUAUCAGCCUAUCAUUCACCGAUGGAGGGAAACUGAUUUUUUCCCUUGUUCAGCAUCCUGUGGAGGAGGUUAUCAACUGACUUCUGCUGAAUGCUUUGAUCUGAGAAGCAACCGGAUAGUAGCAGAUCAAUACUGUCACUAUUACCCUGAAAAUAUCAAGCCAAAGCCAAAACUUCAGGAGUGUAAUUUGGAUCCUUGUCCUGCAAGUGAUGGAUACAAGCAGAUCAUGCCCUAUGACCUCUACCAUCCCCUUCCUCGGUGGGAAAGUACACCCUGGACUGCCUGUUCCUCCUCCUGUGGAGGGGGCGUUCAAAGCCGCAGUGUCUCAUGUGUGGAGGAAGACAUUCAAGGGCAUAUUAGCCCUGUGGAAGAAUGGAAAUGCAUGUAUACUCCGAAGAUGCCUGUUGUCCAACCUUGCAAUAUAUUUGACUGCCCAAAGUGGCUUGCUCAGGAGUGGUCACCGUGCACUGUGACCUGUGGGCAAGGGCUCAGAUACCGUGUGGUUCUUUGCAUUGAUCACAGAGGGAUGCAUACAGGAGGCUGUAGCUCUAAAACAAAGCCACACAUAAAAGAAGAAUGCAUUGUACCCACUCCUUGCUACAAACCCAAAGAGAAACUUCCUGUGGAAGCAAAGUUGCCAUGGUACAAACAGGCUCAGGAGCUCGAAGAAGGAGCAGUGGUGUCUGAAGAACCAUCGUUUAUUCCUGAGGCUUGGUCCUCCUGUAGUGUCACCUGUGGAGUGGGCAGCCAGGUGCGGCUUGUGAAAUGUCAAGUGCUCCUGUCUUUCUCUCAGUCUGUCGCUGACUUGCCCAUUGAUGAAUGUGAAGGUCCAAAACCUGUGUCUCAGAGAGCCUGUUACAGUGGCCCUUGCAGUGGAGAGGCAACUGAAUAUACCCCAGAGGAAACUGACCUGCUCUAUGGCAGCUUGCAGGAAUUUGAUGAGCUCUAUGACUGGGAAUAUGAGGGCUUUACAGAGUGCUCAGAGUCCUGUGGAGGAGGUGUCCAGGAGGCUGUGGUGACCUGCCUGAACAAGCAAACCAGGGAGACUGCAGAUGAAACAUUGUGCAUAAUGAGCCGCCGUCCUCCACAGCUGCUGAAAGCCUGUAGCCUGGAUCCCUGUCCCCCAAGAUGGGAGAUUGGGAAAUGGAGCAUCUGCAGUCUUACCUGUGGGGUUGGAUUGCAGACACGAGAUGUCUUCUGUUCUCACCUGUUAUCAAGAGAAACUAAUGAGACCGUGAUCUUGGCAGAUGAAUUGUGCCAUAAACCUAAGCCAUCCCUCGUGCAAGCCUGUAAUCGCUUUGACUGCCCACCCUCCUGGUAUCCUACAGAAUGGCAAGAGUGUUCACAGACAUGUGGAGGUGGUGUCCAGAAGCGAGAUAUGCUUUGCAAGCAGCACCUGGCAGAUGGAAGCUUGUUAGAGCUGACAGAAACUUUCUGCUCCAUGCCAAAGCCAGUUACCCUACAAGCCUGCAAAAAUGAGGACUGUCCCAAUGAGUGGCUUCUCUCUGACUGGUCACAGUGUUCAGUGAGUUGUGGAGAGGGAACCCAGAGUCGAAACGCUAUUUGCAGAAAGAUGCUGAAAACUGGGGGUUCUGUCAUCAUCAAUUCCUCACUGUGCCCACCUUUGCCAUUCUCAUCCUUGAUCAGGCCUUGUGCACUAGCUACCUGUGCAAGGCACAACAGGCCAGCUCAUAAGCAAAGUCCCCAUAUUGUGGCCGUAAAGAAAGUUUACAUCCAGACAAGGAAGCAGAAGAAGCUACACUUUAUUGUGGGUGGGUAUGCCUACCUGCUACCCAAAACCUCCGUUAUUCUCCGAUGCCCCACGAGGAGGUUCCGGAAGUCAAUGAUCACUUGGGAGAAGGACGACAAGAGGCUCAUCAGCUCAGCUCACAUCACUAUUGCACCCUACGGUUACAUGAAAAUCCAUCGUUUGAAGCCUUCGGACACUGGGACAUACACCUGCAUAGCAGGGCCAGUCCGUGAACAUUUUGUAAUUAAACUAAUAGGAAGCAACAAGAAGCUCAUUCCUGGGCAGCCAGCUGUCAUUAGGGAGGAAGAGUCCAUGAGAAAGGCCAGCCUAAAUGAAGCCUUGCGAACACAGGAGAAACAUAUCAAUGGGAUUCUCUUCAAUGGAAGCAAGGCUGAAAAGCGAGGGCACAUUGCUGACCCUAGCAGCUGGUAUGAUGAUAUUGUCUCAAGGCUGCUACAGCACAGGGGUUGGCCAGGGGAAAAUCUGGAGUCCUGGGAAGCCCAGGAGUCCAUGGAGAGAAACGUAUCCUCAGAGGAAGACCAGAGCCGGGAACAUAACCUGCCAUUUGCUAUGGUCACAGAGCAGAAACGCUUAGAUGAUAUCAUAAGGAAUUUGUCUCAGCAACCUGAGGAGCUUAAAGAUAUCUACACUGAGCGGCUUGUUGUACAGCUGGCUCAUGACGUUUUUAGGAGUCACUUGGAGCAUCAGGAAUCUGUCCUCAAAGCAUCAAGGCGAAGAGUUGACUCAACUUCUGUGGAAUACCCUUUCCACAGACGUGUUUCUGGAUUUACUAGCUCCCUGAGGACAUCAUCUGCUGAAGCACUUCUUCCCACCUCCAUGGACAUGACAAACAGCUUGCGCAGACCUCAUCAAAAGCCUGCCAUCCUCCGAAAGAUUUCAGCAGCACAACAGCUUUCUGCUUCAGAGGUUGUCACCCACCUGGGACAGACAGUGGUCCUAGCCAGUGGCACACUGAGCGUGCUGCUUCACUGCGAAGCAGUGGGAAACCCAAAGCCCACCAUCAGCUGGGCUAAGAAUGGAGAGGAGGUGAAAUACAAUGAUAGGAUGCUUCUUCAGCCUGAUGACUCCUUGCAGAUUCUAGCGCCUGUGGAGGCUGAUGUGGGUUUCUAUGCUUGCAAUGCAUCUAAUGCUCUGGGAUCCGACUCUGUGUCCAUUGCUGUCACUCUAGCAGGAAAGCCACUAAUAAAGGCAUCAAGAGCUACUGUGAUCAACACUGAGUUGCCUGAUGUCACUGUUGAUAUUGGAAGCACAGUGAAAACAAUCCAGAGAGCAAAUGUUACCAUUAACUGCCAGGUUGCAGGUGUUCCUGAAGCAGAAGUUACUUGGUUUAAAAAUAAGGUCAAGCUGUCCUCUGCUCACCACCUGCAUGAUGGGUUGCUGCUAAUUGCGAAUGUUUCUCUGGCAGAUCAGGGUUUAUACUCCUGCAAGGCAGCCAAUCUUCGUGGGGAGGUAACUGAAAGCUCCCUGCUGUUUGUUCUUGAGCCUCCACGACCCCUUCCUAACCUAGAAGACUUGACAGCAGUGCUUUUCAGCACUGGGACCAGACCUCCUUCAGUGUUGACCUCUCCUUCAGGAACAAAAAUGGCCAUCAGUCCAGGGAGCUCUGCUCUCAUAGGUUGUGCUGUGGAUGGCCAUCCAACCCCAAACAUCACCUGGCUUUACUCCGGCAAGCCUCUCAGUCUGAGGCAUCACCUCCUGGCAGCAGGACGAGUUCUUCAGAUAUUCAACAUUAGUGAUGCUCCUGAAGGUGAAUUCAGCUGUCUUGCUCAGAAUGAGGCUGGCUCACUGAUACAAAAUACUUCUCUGACAAUUCAAGAAUACCAGUGGUCAGUGGACAAGCUGAUGGCUUGUUCCUCUUCCUGUGGCCACAAAGGGGUGCAGCUGCCCCAGCUCAGGUGCUUACUGGAUGGGACUGAAGUCAACACAUCCCACUGCAAAGAGAAGCCCAAGCCAGCCCUGCAGCCCAUCGCAUGCAACAGGAGAGACUGCCCUUCACGAUGGAUGGUAACAUCAUGGUCUCCAUGCACACGGAGCUGCGGUGGAGGCAUCCAGAUGCGGCGAGUGACAUGUCAGCGGCUGACAGCAAAAGGCAGCUCUGUCCCGAUGUCGAACGAGGCUUGUGUCCAGGUGUCCAAGCGCCCCGUGGACACUCAGAACUGUAACAGGCAACCCUGUGUCGAGUGGGUGGCCUCCUCCUGGGGCCAGUGUAAUGGGCCUUGCAUUGGACCACGACUGGCUGUACAGCACAGGCAGAUACUUUGCCAGACCAAAGAUGGGACUUCUGUGUCAUCUGAUCAAUGCAGUGCCUUACCAAGGCCUUUGAGCACUCAGAACUGCUGGACUGACAUCUGCGGCGUGCACUGGAGGGUCAGCCUGUGGACCGUGUGUACAGCUACCUGCGGAAACUACGGCUUCCAGUCCCGGCGCGUGGACUGCGUGCACAUUCGCACCAACAAGCCUGUGCUGGAGCACUACUGCUCCUGGAGACCACGGCCGGCCAACUGGCAGCGCUGCAACAUCACGCCCUGUGAGAACAUGGAGUGCAGAGACACCACAAGGUACUGCGAGAAAGUGAAGCAACUCAAACUUUGCCAGCUCACCCAGUUCAAAUCACGUUGCUGUGGGACUUGUGGAAAAGCUUGAAGACAAAUGCAAUGAAAAUGGAGGAACAAGGGGAUCACAGCCUUUGCUUCACCGAGGCAAGGACUUUUACAGAAAAUAUAAAUGGAAUGGAUUUUUUUUUUCAUUUUAUUUAUUUAUUUCCCUUUAAAAGAAAAAAGGAAAAAGAAAGGAAAACGAAAACCUUUUAACAAAUUGUUGUUGUAAAGGGACCUGACAAGUUUUCCCUCCUAUAAAUCUGGGAGACAGAAUGCAGCAAAAUAAUCAUGAGGUUAGAUAACAAAAAGUCAAAGAAUCCCAUGCCACCAGCAAAGGGCCUGAGAGGAGUGGGACUGCCCCAAAAUGUAUGUACACACUUGGGGAUACACCAAUGGAUAGAUGGGAAAGCGGAUCAAAACGUAAACCUAGCAUCACAUUGAACCACCACAACAUGAAUCAAAGAAUCAAACAGCUUGACAGAUCAUAGGGUUUGCAGAAAACAAAACAAAACAAAGCAAAAAAAAAAAUCAAAAAAAAAAAAAUACUAAACUAAACAUUCAUCUGUGAAGUAUACAGACCAUUUAUCUUAGACUAGUUUGGGAAUAUAAGCAUAUGAUUUUGCUUUAUAAACCUAUUAUUAGAACCAAGAUUGGAUUCCUUUUUUCCUUUCUAUACCCCUCUCUCCUCCUCCCAGGCCUUCAAAUGAUCUCAGUGGGAGAUAGCUGUUGAUCUUUGAGGAUCCGGAGUCAUGUCUGAGAAAGUUGAACAAUGUUGUGUAAUGUGAAUGAGUCUAGAAGACAUCUGAAAAUGUUCCCAGGGUGUAUUUGUGAGGGAGGAUCGGCACUGGGAGUGUUGCCUUCAGCACAGAGAUGAGGUGGUGAUGUUAGCUAUUAUCUAGGAGAAGGAAAGAAAGUAUGAUCUGCUACUAACAGGCUGUAACACAAACCUGCAAAUGCUGUCCUGUGCAUAACACAGGAAGGAAAAAUAUCAUUUGUGGUAACAAGAGCUGCUUUGAGUACUACGUCCUACUAACACUUCAUAGGAAUAGAUAGGAGUACUAGUUCCCAGAGUUCAGGUUCUUUCAGAGCUGAGGUUUGGGUAAGACAUUUGAGGAAGUGGGUUUUCCUUUCCUGCUAACAUGAAUAUUUUCUCUUCUGACAGCCAAGCCUUUCAGUCAAGUAGUAGAAAAAAUUUCUGAUAUCUUUGGCUUUGUUCCUACUCAGUAGAAACAGAAUAGAUUCAGCAUCAGUCCCAGAGGACUAAUGUCAAUAAAUUUUAAUAAAUUUGCUCCUCUCUGGCUGCCUCCCACAACAAAAUGGGUGCUACAAAGCAGCGUAUUUUUUAAGCCUAACACCCUAAAAAUAUGAUCUAAAAAGUGAACCUCAGACAUCACACAUUAUGUGUCGUCUGUGAGUCUUUCUCCCUAGCCAAUUGCAGUGACUAUUCAUCCAUUGAAGUGCUUCAUCCUUUUAGUUCCUGGGCAAUUCCUGCUCUGCUCUGAAUAGGGCUUUAAAAUUAGAAGGGAUUUGCAAAGCAGGAGGUUUGAGCAUUAUAAAAAUUUAAAGGAGAGCUGUCUGGAUCUGAGGCUUUGACUUGAGACCAUCUCUAAAUCAAAGGUUUGGCUGUGCUUUACCCACAGUGGGGCUCAGGCCUUAUGGUACAUUAAUGAAAGGCUGUUCAAGUACUGCUGUGUUACAGCUUCCAUAAUGUGGAUUUUUCAGCAAAACCAGGAAUCUAAUUCUGAGGUCAGUGUCAGAUUCAUGACAUUAAACUGUCUUCAGUUUGGUUGCUUCAAAACACAUUUGGCAGUGGAUGCUCUCACUAUGAAUGGGUCUUCAAGAAAUAGUGUUGCUAAGCUUCCGUGUAACUUUUUAUUUAAAAAAAGAAGAAUGUCUUUCUAUGUAUGUAAAUGUAUAUCUUUUGUGUAUAUUUAUUAGGAUUUCUUGUAUAAAAAGUGCAAUAUUAAUAAUUGUACAUUAUUUUGUCCAGAUAAAACUAUUUGUGUUUUUUUUUUUUAAAUCUCCCCAGAAUUUUGUUCCUCUAAAAUCAAUGGUAAUACUGUAUUUUUCACUUGCAUUUAAUUGAGGAUCUGCUUCACUGUGCACAGAGUGCUUUAUAAAAUAUGACAUGAGGGAGGGGUGGCAUUUUUAACUUGUGAAAUGAUAGUUAUGCAUGGAAUGAAGGACAAUUCCUUAAUAAUAAUAAUAAUAACAAUAAUAACAGUAAUAAUAAUGUGGUGGAUAUUUCUAGUACAGUAGUUAACAAAAAGCAGCACGGGGAAGUAUUUACAUUUGUUUGAUAGAUAAGUAUAUUCAGAUGAUCACGUGUUGAAUGGUAGCUGUGUAACCGUGCUGAGGGUAAACAAAAAGGAUCAGAUCUGGAGGAGCCACUGUGUCAUCUCUGCACAGUGUGAAUCUAAUUUCACAUGUUUGUUCUGUGAAUUGUGACUUGGCAGCAUCUCAGUAAGAUUUCUGAAUAUUUUACAAACGAACACUUUCCUUUUCUAAAAAGAAAACAAACAAGCAAACUUGUAUUUAUAUAUAUUUUUUGUACAGGUAAUGCAGGAUACUUACUUAACUACUGCUGUCUGAUGUGUUGUUUAUUAAUCUUAAAAAAAAGCCAAUCAAAGUA